AUUGUAUGUGGUCGGUCAGGUUCACUUUGUCUUUUUGGCCAAGAGGAAAAGCUAACUUUGCCACUUUUUCGUUUAUGUAUGUUUAUGGAUUUCUGUCUCGUAACGCACCCCUUUGAAGCUGGACUAUCGGCAUGAGGAAUCAGACCGGUCAUGUAACAAGGGAUUCUGAGCGAUUUAAACCCACUCCCCGAGGAAAAAAAAAAAAAAAAAGAAACUUGACCCGCUCAGUUUUGAUUCGACCGUAUCUACUGGUCGACCCGCUCAAUCUGGACGCGACCUUAAACGCUGCUAAGAGAUACUCAACCGCAAAUCCGGAGUAUUAUCAGAGGCCCUUUUCUCGUGUGAAGAGCGUCGCAAUGGCCGUGCCACUUGCUCAGACUACUCUCUUGUUCAGAACUUCACUCCUCUCCAGAAAUGCCCUCAGAAGCUUCACCACUUGCAUUCCUUCCUCAUCCUCUUCUUCCUCUUAUUCUUCCUCUGAGCUUCACCGCAAGAAAUGGAGGCAACCGGUGGCCUCGGUGCUCGAAUUUGGUGGAGUCAAGAUCGGUCGAGAAGAUGUGGUAAGGGAUGAUCCCACAAACAACGUCCCAGAUUCAAUUUUUUCAAGACUCGGAAUGCAACUUCACAGAAGGGAUCAACAUCCGAUUGGGAUUUUGAAGAAUGCAAUAUAUGAGUAUUUUGACACCAGUUAUUCAAAUACCUUUGAUAAGUUUGAUAAUCUUUGCCCAAUUGUAUCAGUAAAACAGAACUUUGAUGAUGUCUUGGUUCCUGCUGAUCAUGUAAGCAGGAGUUAUAAUGACACAUACUAUAUUGACUCUCAAACUGUUUUGAGGUGUCAUACAAGUGCACAUCAGGCAGAACUAUUGAGAAAAGGACACACUCAUUUUCUUGUAACAGGAGAUGUCUACCGGAGAGAUUCCAUCGACUCAACUCAUUACCCUGUGUUUCAUCAGAUGGAAGGUGUUCGUGUGUUUCAACCAGAUGAGUGGGAGGCAUCUGGCAUGGAUGCCACAUCUUAUGCAGCCGAGGACUUGAAGAAAUGUCUUGAGGGUUUGGCACGGCAUCUAUUUGGUGCUGUGGAAAUGCGCUGGAUUGAUGCUUAUUUCCCAUUCACCAAUCCGUCAUUUGAACUUGAGAUAUACUUUAAGGAGAAAUGGCUGGAGGUUUUGGGUUGUGGCGUGAUGGAACAAGAAAUCUUAAAGAGAGCUGGCAGAGUGAAUAAUGUUGCCUGGGCUUUUGGCCUCGGCUUGGAGCGAUUGGCAAUGGUUCUAUUUGACAUACCAGAUAUCCGACUUUUCUGGUCAAAUGAUGAACGAUUUACCUCGCAGUUUUCCAAGGGCCAGCUGGGAAUCAAAUUCAAGCCAUUUUCAAAGUAUCCUCCUUGUUACAAAGACAUGAGCUUUUGGAUCAAUGAAUCGUUCACUGAAAACAAUUUAUGUGAAAUUGUCAGAGGAGUUGCUGGAGAUCUUGCUGAGGAGGUGCUUUUGAUAGACAAUUUCACCAACAAGAAAGGAAUGACCAGUCAUUGUUAUAGGAUUGCAUAUCGAUCCAUGGAACGUUCACUCACAGAUGAGGAAAUUAAUGAGUUGCAGUGGAAUGUGAGGGACCAGGUGCAGAGCAAGCUGAAUGUUGUUCUCAGAUGAGCGUUUCUGAUGCAUUGUGCAAGCUUAUAUCAUUGUUUUUCACUUAAUAGAUGGACCAUUACAACUCUACCCAUUUUUCCCAGUUCUCUAAUGCGAGUAAAAAGCUUUCUUUCGACCAGAUCUGGGGCUGAGUAAUCUGUAGUUCGGCAGCGUCAAGGCACUCAAGUCCCCGCCACACAUGCACCCAUCAUUGCAUCAAUUGGGUUCUUCGCUUCUUUUGACAUCUAUUCCUUACCUUUUCCAUCAUUUGAAUGAGAUUGGAUGUCUUUAAGCGGGAGCCACCAUUGACGUAUGCACAUUUAUCCGGAAUUCUCAUCAACUGCCUUAUUUCAGACAACCUUGGUGCACAUUUUAUUGCUGUUGGAUAUUCUUUCAGUAGUCAAAACAAUAUUCAAGAGGACUUCUUUUUU